GCUGGAAUUAUUUUUUCGAUUAUAUAACUUUUUCCAAAAGAGAGUUCUAAAUUAGGAUAUUGCGUUGCUAACCGUUUUGCAUAAGGUGUGCAUGAAAACAAGUCCAGUUACUAAUCGGGGUUGGGCGAAUUUGGGGCAUUUGGUAGUUUCGCACUAGUUGUGCAGGUUGUGCACGUUGUGUUUUAGGUCUUGUGUUUCCAGCUGAUUUAUUUUAUGUUGAUUAAUUGUGAACAUAUUUAAUAGGAAUUAUGACGGAAAACAUCGAAAUACGAACUAUUGUCGGCAAUAGGAAUUUAAGUACGGUCUCUGAUAGUCCUGUUACAGAUCCAGCAUCUGGGGCAAAGGGUUUGGAAGGAAGUAAUGCCUUCGUCAGCCAAAGAUCUAAGUUGGACCCCAAAUCUUCAGGUGCUUUAAAAAAAUCCAGCAGAUAUCGCAGUCGUUCAUUAUCUGCCUCAUCAACCGACUCAUACAGCUCUACCUCUUGUACAGGGAGCAGUUCCGACGACGACGAUGUCUCACCCAGAGAAAAAAUUCAGAAGAACUCGGCCGGAAACUCCGACUUUUGCGUACGCAACAUCAACCAACAUGCCUUCGGCAGGCGCGAAAUCGAAAUCGCCGAGCAAGAGAUGCCCGGCAUCAUGGCACUAAGAAAACGGGCGACGGAUGACAAACCCCUAAAAAACGCCAAAAUCGUGGGCUGUACCCACAUCAAUGCCCAAACGGCCGUCUUAAUAGAAACUUUAGUGGCUCUAGGGGCUAGCGUAAGAUGGGCAGCCUGUAAUAUCUACUCAACACAGAACGAGGUCGCUGCGGCCUUGGCGGAAGCCGGUUUUUCGGUUUUUGCGUGGCGUGGCGAAACCGAGGAGGAUUUCUGGUGGUGCAUCGACAAGUGUGUCAACGCCGAAAACUGGCACCCAAACAUGAUUUUAGAUGAUGGAGGUGACGCGACUCAUUUAAUGCUGAAAAAAUACCCUGCUAUGUUCAAAAUGAUCAAAGGCAUAGUCGAGGAGAGCGUGACUGGAGUUCACCGUCUGUAUCAAUUAUCUAAGGCGGGGAAGUUGACUGUUCCAGCUAUGAAUGUGAACGAUUCCGUCACGAAAACAAAAUAUGAUAAUUUAUACAGUUGUCGGGAAUCGAUUAUAGACAGUUUAAAACGGUCGACUGACGUCAUGUUUGGAGGUAAACAAGUGGUGAUUUGUGGAUACGGGGAGGUGGGAAAAGGAUGUUCGCAAGCCUUGAAAGGAUUGGGUUGCGUUGUCUAUGUUACCGAAAUAGACCCCAUUUGUGCCCUUCAGGCUAGUAUGGACGGCUUCCGAGUGGUUAAACUUAACGAAGUUAUACGCAACGUAGAUAUAGUAAUAACGGCUACAGGAAAUAAAAACGUAGUAACACGGGAGCACAUGGACAAAAUGAAAAAUGGCUGUAUUGUGUGCAAUAUGGGGCACUCCAAUACGGAAAUUGAUGUCAAUAGUUUGAGAGCGCCUGAUUUAACAUGGGAAAAAGUUCGUUCUCAGGUAGAUCAUGUCAUAUGGCCUGAUGGUAAAAGAAUUAUUCUUUUAGCGGAAGGAAGACUCGUUAAUUUGAGCUGUUCAAGUUUACCAUCAUUUGUUGUUUCUAUAACGUCAGCCACUCAAGCACUUGCUUUGAUUGAGCUUUUUAAUGCCCCGGCUGGGCGAUACAAAUCUGAUGUGUAUUUGUUGCCUAAGAAAAUGGAUGAAUAUGUAGCCAGUUUACAUCUACCGACAUUUGACGCUCAUUUGACAGAAUUAACGGACGAACAAGCGAAAUACAUGGGUUUAAACAAAGCAGGUCCUUUCAAACCCAAUUAUUAUAGGUAUUAAAUUAGCAAAUUUAUCUUAUACACGUCGGGGUGGAGGAAACGAGGGACAUGAUAGCAUUAAGUCAAUGUUAGUUGUUGCCAGAUAGUUUUAAAAUAUAAACGCAGGAUUCGUUUUAUAUAAUAUCUUAGGUUAUGUUAAAAUUGUUGACAUUUGUGAGGUACUUCAAACAAAAUGGCUGCUCAAACAGUAUGUUUCAUAAAGAAAACUCUAAAUUUGCUUAACUCCACUGACGCUAAACAGUAUUUAAUAAUUUGCAAGCAUUUAUUUGAGUUCUACUGACCAAAAUUUAUGAAACAUGAUCUGUGUUAAUAUUAGAUUACUUAAAAGGGUGCGCUUGUCUUAGGGUAAUUUAUGGCCGAUGCACUUAGUAAUAAAUACUGCCAUGUCAUAGGGUCAAAAUGAAUUCUAAUAUAAUUAGAUAAUAGUACAAAAUCAUAGCAGUUUAAAACCUUUUAGUAGACGUGCGUCUCCAUGAAUUAAUAUAAGUCAGGGUUAUAGAAGUACUUGUCGCUGCAGAACUUGUGUUCAUACUGUUGUUUCCUCUGUUAUAAAUUGUUGAAAAGUACGUCUACAAGGUAUAAAUCUUAAUGAUGUAGUGUCGUGGCAAUCCUUUGUGUGUAAUCAACCUAGAGUAUUAUUGUUUGCAUUGUUUUGCUAACUCUACUAAUUUUUAACCAGUUCGUGUUACUCUCCUUCCGACGCUGAUCCACCGUUAGAAAUUUUUAUUUUUAGUUUCUCGAAACAAUGCAACUCAUCAGAAUGCUAGUGGAACCGCUUUUUGAUUAGUUAGUGCCAUCUAGCACCUACUAAGCGAAUAGUGAAUGAUUUGACACGUCAUUUCUUACAAAAUUUCCCAGUAGUUCUCUUUAAGCGACUUUUAACGUUAGUGAUUUUGACAAGUAUUAUUUUAUAAGAGGAUUUGUUUUUGUAAUCCUCCCAUUUUUAAACUAUUAUGUAAUUGUUAUUGUCAAUAUAACGACAAGUUGUUAAGAGUUAAUUGCUCUGCUUUAAUAAAGCAAUUUUUCACCAUCGCAAUUUGCCUUCAUCACUUUACAGCAGAGCAAUGAACAAAGUGUUGUUAACUAAAAAAAUCUUAAUGUACUCUAUUUUUGCGAGCUGUACUAUCGUAUUAUUUCAAAGUAUUAAAUCAAUCGCCUUUUUUCAUUGUCAAUUAUAGGGAAUUACCAGUCAUACAGCUUUCAAAAAUAGAUGUUUUAUAGUGAUUUUAUUUAUUAGAAGUGUGCCGUUAGACAAUUCUGUAUGUUCUUCUCUCCAAACUUGUUUUAUCUGAGGUUACUAAGUAAAGUCUUUUUCCGGUCCACCGUCUUCUUUCUAUGGACUUCAAAAAUAUAGGAGUAAUACAUA